AUGAGUGUAUGGAACCCACCCAGACUCCUGGGCCUGGCAGGAAUGAGCCUGCUGAGGGAUGAGGCCUUGGCCAUCACUGCUCUGGAGUACCUGCCCACUGAGCUCUUCCCCCCACUGUUCAUGGAGGCCUUCUAUAGGAGUCGCAGUGAGACCCUCAAGGCCAUGGUGCACACCUGGCCCUUUGUCCGCCUGCCUCUGGGGGGCCUGAUGGAGAUGCCUCAUCUGGAAACCUUACAAGCAGUGCUGGAUGGGCUUGAUGUCCUGAUUGCCCAGAAGGAUCGCCCCAGGAGGUGCAGACUGCGGGUGCUGGAUUUAAGGAACACUGGCCAGGACUUCUGGAGCAUGUGGUCUGGAGACAGGGCCUGUGGGUGCCCAGGCUCACUGAUGGCACCAGUGGCUGAGGACAGGUCAAGGACAGAGCAGCCCUUGGCUCCCUUGGAGGUGUUCAUAGACCUUCAUCUCAAGGAAAGGACCAUGGAUGGAUUCCUCACCUACCUCCUGAGGUGGGUGGAGGAGAGGAGAGCUUCCAUAAACCUGUGCUGUAAGAAACUAAAGAUAGUUUCAAUGCCCAUGGAAAAUAUUACAAAGGUCCUGAGCACGGUGCAGCUGGACUGUAUCCAGGAGGUGCAAGUGAAUUGCACCUGGCACCUGUCCACCCUGGCCACCUUUGCUCCUCUCCUGGGCCAGAUGGGUCAUGUGCAGAGACUCUUUCUCUCCCACAUCCACGUAUCUCCACUUGAGGAGCAAGAGGAGCAGCACGUUGUCCAAAUUACCUCUCAGUUCCUCAGGCUGCACCACCUCCGGGAUCUCCAUCUGGAAUCUCCCUGCUACCUUGAAGCCUGCCUGGAGCAGAUGCUCAGAUGCCUGACGACCCCCUUGGACAACCUUGCAAUAACUCACUGCCUCCUUACGGAUUCAGACUUGACCCACCUGUCUCAGUGUCCAAACAUCCGUCAGCUAAAGGGCCUGGAUCUGAGUGGCAUCUCUCUAACCUACUCUAGCCCUGAGCUCCUCCCAGUUCUGCUGGAGAAAGUGGCAGCCACCCUCCAGGAACUGUGCUUAGAUCAGUGUGGGAUCGUGGACUCCCAACUUCAGGCCAUCCUGCCUGCCCUGAGCCGCUGCUCCCAGCUCAGGUCCUUCAGCCUGCGUGGAAACUUCCUCUCCACGGCUGUCAUGGAGAAGCUGCUGCGACACACCUCCCAGCUGCCCAGUUUAAGUCAAGAGCUGUAUCCUGUCCCUCGGGAGAGUUACAGCUCUCAGGGAAUCCUCCAACCAGGGAGACUUGCCCAGUGUCGAGAUGAACUAUUUGAGGUUCUGAGAGUCUUAGGACGUCCCAGGGUCAUCUGGCUUAACUCCAGCCCCUGUCCACACUGUGGAGAUAACACAUUCUAUCAUCCUCAGCCCGUCAUAUACCGCUGA